GCAGCUAAUCCUCAGGAGCUUACACAAUUCUUACUUCUUCUCAUAAGAGGUUUUUACCAAUGCAAGGGAUUCUCCGAAAACAACACAAACCCUUCCUCUCCAUCCACCAGAGUAAGAAAACAAAAGGUAGAGAGGGAAAAACGGUAGGUAGCUAGGUCUCUUCAUGUUUCAUAAAAUGUUUUGUUUCAUCUUUUUCCAAUGGUAGUUUUGGAUGGGUAUACCGUUUUAUACGGUCUUACAGAAGUGUGUGUUGUUCAGAUUUGUCUGACAUGCAGGGUACGUUGUGUGUGGGAGGAUGUUGCGAAUGCGUUCAGAGGUAGUGUUGGCGUGCGUGCACUUGUGCGUUUGACCUGUGGUGACUCAGGGACCGUACAAAACAAAUACAGCAAAAAAUACUUCUAUGUUAAUGUCUGGGGAUCUGCUUCGGGCAUCUGGGACAGUUACUCAGCAUGCCCCUUCCUGUAUUAGUACAUCCUCAUGUUGUGGGAUUCAUCUGUGUUCUACAGCUAUUUAUUAUUGUUUAGAUGCGUGAUGGGUAAUCUGACUCAUUGGUGAGCAGGUGGACAUCCAGUGGGAUUUUCAAUUAGAAAAACAACUUGAACAUCUAUUUCUAUACAGUAAGUGUGCAUGUGUUCAUGGAAAGUGUUCCACCAGAAUGUGUUAUAGCCUCUGUGUUCUGGUAAUAUGGCUUAACUCUCUAAUCUGCAACAUUUUCCUUCGGAGGAAUGUUGUUGUUCAGAUGUGAGGCCAGGAGUUUAGAAUAUCCCUAUGUCUGUCUGAUCUGCAGCUAAUAGUCCACGCAAAGGGAACUUUUUCCCCCAAAACAUGAUACACACGUUAACUGCUGAGUGCAUCCACUCAGGAGAGUUUCUCCAGCCAUUUGGCCCUUGUCUCAUUACCAACAUGCUGUAUAGCAGGCUCUGUCCAUAUGGAGCAAUUACUGUAUUUAAACUCAAAGUCCUUCCCUUCAUGCUCCCUCCCGUGCCCCCUUUUUCUUUCUCCCCUUCUCGCACCCACUCCCUGCCCUUAGUUCUCUCUCACUUGCUUGCACUAAUCCCUUUGUUGUGGAGUAUUGAGGGGCCAGGGCUCUUGGCUGACUGGCCAUGCCUGUGUAAUGGGGGCUAAUUCGGGUGAAGGGUGCCCAGCCAGCCCUCCUGCUGGCCAUCCUCCACUAGAUUAGGCGGGGCGGGUACAUUUUUAAGGCCUCCCUCAGCCCAAACACAUUCUCCCUCUCGUUGCUUCUAGCAUCGCUCUCUCUCUAACUCUCUUUCUCUGUCUGUCUUUCUCAAUCCUAUUUUCCCUGCCUGAUAAAACUUCUCUCUUCCUCUCUGUCUUCCUCGAACUCUUUGCUGCACUCUCUCCUUCUCUUUCAUUUCCUGUCCUCCUUGUCGUCUCUCCAUCUAGCCCUAAGUCAGUGGCAGGGGUCCCAGCAGGGAGAUGGGGGUCCCAGGUGGGACCAUGCGGUUCUGGAGCCAUGCUGUCCCCACAUUGCUCCUUCUACCCCUGUGUCUGCUGGGGAGGAUCGUGGAGGGCCAGGCCCCAGAACAGGGCAAGGAGAGGGGCUACCUGCAAGAGGCCAUCAGGGCUCUACAACUUGGGUCUCAGACCCAGCUCCAGAGGGACCAGACAGGGUUCCUACUCUCCACUGUCCUCCAGGCUGUGCACUGUGCAGAACGGAUUGGGGGAUCACAGGAGCUCUGUGACAAGUGCCUCACUCCAGACCUUGUCCUCUCUGUCCUGGAGGAUGAUAGGAAGGCUUACCUCACCGAGGAUGACUACCAUAGAGUCUCCACCGUUUUGCUCUACUACAUGAUCAACAUGGAACACCUGUGUGCCACCAACCCCUCCCCUUCCUCCUUUUCCUCCUCCUCCUUGUCACCUAGCUACCAGUACUACCUUCUGGCCCUGACCAACCUCCAACCCUCAGAAGAAAGAGGCUUCCUCUCCUCCAAUGAGAUAGAGAGCAUUCUGCAGCUCAUCAACCAGAACUAUCAACCACCUGCUCCAGAGACAUCUGGCUCCUCCCAAUCACAGUGUAUCGAUGCCUCCCGUCUACUGGAUGAGUUGGGGAUCACAGAUAGCCAAGGUGCUGAUCCAUCCUCAGUGGCCACACUGUCUGCAGCCAUCAUCACCCACACCCUGCAGGGCCACUGUUUCAGCAAGAGGAACCUGCCCUCCCCUGCCUUCUUUACAGAUUACAUCUUCCAGUCCCUCAACCGCACCAGCAACCUACAUGUCAGGGAUUUGGAGGAGCUGCUGCACCAGCUUGGUGUGGGAGGUGGUGGUGGAGGGGCCUAUCACUCACACUGCAGAGAGAAGCGGAGCAUCACAGGCCCCUCCCAUAUAGGGUGUGUCCAUGAGCCUUUGGGGAUCAACACAGACUGGACACAGAUAUGCUACUCAGCCAAUCAGCUGGUGGAUAUUUUUGUUCUGGAUCAGCAUUUGCAUAUUUCCCGGGAUCACUUCAGACAAAUCUGCCCAGCUGUUAUCCAGCAGUUGCUAGGGAAUGCCUGUGAGUCCACAGAGCCAGCUACACGAGGAUCUCCACCCAGUGCCAUUGAGAAAUAUGGCUACAGUACGGCUGCUGUGUUACUCAUCACCGUGGGCUCCAUGUUGGGCAUCUGCCUGAUCUUCUUCAACUCCUGCCAGGAGACCUACGCCCUCAUCCUGCAGCUCUUUGUGGGCCUGGCCGUGGGAACCCUCUCAGGGGACGCCCUCCUGCACCUCAUACCACAGAUCCUUGGCCUCCAUGACGACAGUCACCAUUACGAUCAUCACUUUACUGAGGGAAAGGAAUAUCUGUGGAAGAUUUUGGGAAUCAUCGCUGGAAUCUACGGCUUUUUCCUCAUCGAAAGGAUCUUCUCUCUUGUGAUGCCAUCAAAUGGCCAUGGUCACGGGGGCCUGGGCAAUUCCCAUGACCUCCCCCUGGAGCUCAACUGCAACGGCCAGUCACAGAGGGGCAUGUCUAUCUCAACCAUGCAGCUGGGAACUGUGGAGGACUUAGAAUGCACAGAAAUCCCAUCAGAGGAGGCUGAACCAAGAACCCCUACGCAUCAGACGAGACAGGGUAUUCCUGUACUGGCUGUGAUGGUAAUCGUGGGGGACAGCCUCCAUAACUUUGCUGACGGCCUGGUGGUGGGGGCGGCCUUCUCCUCGUCCACCGAGACAGGCAUGGCGACCACCGUGGCCAUCCUCUGCCAUGAAAUCCCUCAUGAAAUGGGUGACUUUGCGGUGUUGCUAAGCUCAGGUCUCUCUGUGAGGAAUGCAGUGAUGAUGAACCUCCUCAGUGCUCUGACGGCCUUCAUCGGCCUCUACAUCGGCCUCUUCGUCUCCUCGGAACCAGAGGUCCAGCAGUGGAUCUUCACCGUUACCGCGGGGAUCUUCCUCUAUCUGUCGCUGGUAGAGAUGCUCCCAGAGAUGAGUCGUGUGAAGACCAACAGGCCCUGUAUCAUGUUCCUCCUGCAGAACCUUGGCCUCCUAAUGGGCUGGGCCUGUCUUCUGCUCCUUGCACUGUUUGAGCACAAACUUAAGUUUUGAUGACAGGACACACACACAUCAUACUAUGGUAUCUGCCAUGCAAAUGUGUAAUUGAUGGCAAUGUUGACGGUACUUUGUGGUCUUGCUUUUUUGUUGUCAUUUUGACAUCUUGUUUAUUGAUUACUGCAUUAUUUACUGACACACCAUAUGAAGACAGUGAACAGUACAUUUAAAAUGUCACAAGCAAGAAACAUUUCAUAAGUGACCGGAUAAUAGAGUGACGUGAAUAGUAGCAGUGACGAUGUGAAUCAAAUGUCAUUUUAGAUCCAGUGGUUACGCAUAAUGUGUUAGAGCUGGAUGAAUCCACUUUUGUAUGAAUCAGAUGCCUAAAUGUGAUCUUUAGGACAUGAACACAUCUUCUGUGUGAUGAUUUAUUUUUGUAUGACGUACUGUGUAACAUAGGGCACAUAGCUAGCUGUCACAUCUGUGUCUGGACAUGAUAGUGUCAGAUGUCUAGUCUACAGUGCCAGACGAGAUCUUUAUAUACAGAUACCUUGCUUGUAUGUGUAUAUUUGCCAUGAAAUACAGUGUCUUCAGAAAGUA